GUCCGGGGACGGACCUGGUGGUGAGAUUCGGCUACACCCCUUUCUAAUGGGCCUAGCUUUCGCCCUCAUGAUCAGCCUCGGGUUCUGGAUGUACAACUACGAGGACUUGCCCGGGGAGUGGAUCGACACCAGAGAGUCCAGACGAAAAAUUCACGCCUUCUGUCAAGCGACUGGCGCCGCUCUGGCCUUCGCCGGCUACUUCGUGAACUACCAGGCCCACAACAGCACUGGGGAGGCUCUGUUUGCAGUGUCAAGUUUCUCCGAGGGUUUAGUUUGGCUCCGCCUGGCCCACAUCUUCAUAGGCUACGCAUGCUUGGGUGGAUUGGCUGCCCAAGUCUUCAUUGGCAUCCUCAAGUAUAGAAUUCUUGUGGACGACAAUGACGAUAAUGACGGUGAGUGGUCAAUCCACGAAGCAGUUGGCAAUUUGGUUUACAGCUUGGCGACUCUGAACCUCCUGAUCGGCAUCUGGCUUUGGAAGGAGUUCUCACUACCCGUGCGCGCCGUCAUAACGCUCACGCUGAUAACCAGCGCUGCUUUCGGGCCGCGAUGGGACGGCACCAGAGGCUUCCUCAGCUCCGACGCAGAGAAGCCCAAGAAGAAGAAAAAGAAGGUCAAAAAGCCGGCGGAAGGUGAGACCACGCUGCGGACCCUAGUCGGACGUGCCUAG